AUGGAGCGGGCGGGGGAGGCUUCGCCGCGGGGUGGCGCGCCAAAAGGGGGCGUGGCGCGCCAGAAGGGGGCGUGUCCUCCAUCCCCGCCGCCGCCGGCGGGGAGGGGGCGUGGCGUGGCGGCGGCGGGGGCGGAGCCCGGCGGGGCGGGGCGGGGCCUGCCCAGGAUGGCGGCGGGGCGGCCGUUCCCUCCGCGGCUGCUGCUGCCGCUGCUGGUGCUGGCGGCGGGACCGGGAUCGGGCCCGUUCCACGUCCACGGGUAUUUCCCCGAGGAACGGUGGAAUCCCGAAUCGGGCCUGAGACCCCCCCGGGUGACGAUCGCGGUGCUGGCGAGGAACGCGGCCCACGCCCUGCCCGCCGCGCUGGGAGCGCUGGAGCGGCUGCGGCACCCCAAGGAGCGGACGGCGCUCUGGGUGGCGGUGGAUCACAGCGUGGAUAACACGACGGCCGUGCUGCGGGAGUGGCUGGGGGGGGUGCGUGGGCUCUACCACCGCGUGGAGUGGCGGCCCAUGGAGGAGCCGAGGUGGUACCCCGACGAGGAGGGCCCCAAGCACUGGUCCCCCUCCCGCUAUGAGCACGUGAUGAAACUGCGUCAGGCGGCGCUGGAGUCCGCCCGCGCCAACUGGGCCGACUACCUGCUGUUCCUGGACGCCGACAACGUCCUGAUCAACCCUGACACGCUGGGGCUGCUGAUGGCGGAGAACAAGACGGUGGUGGCUCCCAUGUUGGACUCGCGCGCCGCCUACUCCAACUUCUGGUGCGGGAUGACGGCGCAGGGUUACUACAGGCGGACGCCGGCCUACCUGCCGAUCCGGAAGCGGGAACGCCGGGGCUGCUUCGCGGUGCCCAUGGUGCACUCCACCUUCUUGGUGGACCUGCGGAAGGAGGCCUCGCGGGCGCUCGCCUUCUACCCGCCCCACCCCGACUACACCUGGGCCUUCGACGACAUCAUUGUCUUUGCUUUCUCCUGCCGGCAGGCGGGUGAGGAGCCGGGGGGGCUGGCGUUGGCCUUGGCUUUGGGCUGGCGUUGGCUUUGGGCUGGCGUUGGCUUUGGGCUGGCGUUGGCCUUGGCUUUGGGCUGGCGUUGGCUUUGGGUUGGCGUUGGCUUUGGGUUGGCGUUGGCCUUGGCUUUGGGCUGGCGUUGGCUUUGGGUUGGCAUUGGCUUUGGGCUGGCGUUGGCUUUGGUUUGGCCUUGGCCUUGCCUUUAGGCUGGCGUUGGCUUUGGGUUGGCCUUGGCCUUGGCUUUAGGCUGGCGUUGGCUUUGGGCUGGC